AUGAAUUUAUCCAUGAGAGAUCCAGUCAUUUCAGGGACAAGCAUGGCUUACCACCCAUUCCUCUCCCACCGGGCACCGGACUUUGCAAUGAGCGCCGUUCUUGGACACCAGCCUCCCUUCUUCCCAACUUUAGCUCUGCCACCCAAUGGGGCUUCUCUUUCCCUUCCCGGUGCCCUAGCCAAGCCCAUCAUGGAUCAAUUAGUGGGUGCCGCCGAGGCAGGCAUCCCUUUUUCUUUGGGUCACCAAGCAGCUUCUCAUUUGAGGCCUCUCAAAACCCUUGAACCAGAAGAAGAAGUUGAAGAUGAUCCAAAAGUUCAUCUGGAAGCCAAGGAUCUCUGGGAACAGUUCCACAAGAGGGGGACUGAGAUGGUCAUCACUAAAUCUGGGAGGAGAAUGUUCCCCCCUUUUAAAGUCCGAUGCACAGGCCUUGACAAGAAGGCUAAGUACAUUCUACUCAUGGAUAUAGUGGCUGCAGAUGAUUGCAGGUAUAAGUUCCAUAAUUCCCGCUGGAUGGUGGCUGGGAAGGCUGACCCUGAAAUGCCCAAAAGGAUGUACAUCCACCCGGACAGCCCGGCUACAGGGGAGCAAUGGAUGUCCAAGGUGGUCACCUUCCAUAAACUCAAACUCACCAACAAUAUCUCUGAUAAGCAUGGAUUUACCAUUUUAAAUUCAAUGCACAAAUACCAACCCCGGUUCCACAUAGUGCGGGCAAAUGACAUUUUGAAACUCCCCUACAGCACAUUCAGAACCUAUGUGUUCCCUGAGACUGAAUUCAUUGCAGUGACUGCAUACCAGAAUGAUAAGAUCACCCAAUUAAAAAUCGAUAACAAUCCGUUUGCCAAAGGCUUCCGUGACACAGGCAAUGGAAGGAGGGAGAAAAGGAAACAACUGACCCUUCAGUCCAUGCGAGCCUUUGAUGAGCAGCAGAAGAAAGAUAAUGGCAGCUCAGACGAGUCCUCCAGUGAACAGACUGCGUUUAAAUGCUUUGCCCAGACCUCCUCUCCAACCGCAUCUGCAGUGGGCACUUCAAACCUUAAAGGACUGUGUGACAGUGAAGGGGACAGUGAGGAUGACAGUAAGGAAGAAGCUGGCCCAGACACCGGGGACUCAGCCAAGAUCUCCACCACAACCUCCAGCACAGAACACUCAAAGGAGCUGAGGAGUCCCUCAAAGCUGUCCCUGUACUCCUCAACCAGGACUGAGAAGAACUCCCCAGAUUCUAGGCACAGCCCGGCACAGAUCUCCUCCAGUGGCAGGGUCCUGAGUGUGGAGGAUCUGAAAAGUCCCACCAGGGAGUCACAUAAACUGGAUGAACCCAAACACUCCAAGGAGCAUUUCCCACCCUUGACUGUGCAGACAGAAAGCAGCUCCCACCACCUGAGCCAAACCCAUCUACAGAACCUUGGAUUCCCUCCUGGCUUAAGUGGGCAGCAGUUUUUUAACCCCUUGGGGGCUUCUCAUCCUUUACUUCUUCACCCCAGCCAGUUUGCCAUGGGAGGGGCAUUUUCCAGCAUGGCCACUGGCAUGAGCCCAUUGUUAGCCUCCGUUUCAGGAGCUGCAUCAGGAAUGAACAGCCUAGAGUCUACAGUGAUGGCCUCCUCAUCUCAAGGGCUACCAGGAGCCUCAGCUUUACCUUUCCACCUCCAACAGCAUGUUCUUGCCUCUCAGGUAAUUCAAUCUUUAUGA